AUGAAAGCAACAAGUCAUAUCUACACCACCUGGCAAAAGGUCCAAGGAAGAGAUGAAGCAUCAAGUCAUGAAGAAAUCCCACCGGGGAGGCCGAUGUCAAUGGAGCAACACAUGGUGGAUAAAGGGGCUCAAAUGUUGCAAUCUUUGAAGCCAAUUAAGCAAAUGAGCCAGCAUGUGUGCACUUUUGCUUUGUACAGCCAUGACAUGAAUAGACAAAUUGAGACUCAUCACCAUGUCACUCGGAUCAAUCAGGACUUUCUUCAAUGUGCUGUUUAUGACUCUGAUGACUCCAGAGGAUGCCUUAUUGGAGUGGAGUAUAUUAUUUCUGAUCGUCUUUUUGAGAAUUUGGAUCCGGAGGAGCAGAAGCUUUGGCAUUCUCACGCUUAUGAAAUCAAAUCAGGCCUUUGGGUCAGUCCUCGGGUUCCAGAGAUGGUAGCGAGGCCUGAACUUGAAAAUCUUGCCAAACCUUACGGCAAGUUUUGGUGUACCUGGCAAACUGAUAGAGGUGAUAAGUUGCCACGAGGCCCUCCAGCACUAAUGAUGUCUCCACAGCCAGUGAAUUUGGGCAUGGUGAAGCCAGCCCUGGUUCAGAAGAGGGAUGACAAAUAUAACAUAUCCACUGAUGAAGCCACAAAAACUACUCGGCUGGAAAUUAACGAGCCCGAAUGGAUAAAUCCCCAAGCAGACUACUGGAAACAGCAUGGUAAAUGUUUUGCAAUCGAUGUUGAGCCGGUGGAGAUGAAACGAAUGGCUCCUUUUCCAUGAGUUCUUGACGAAUUUCCCAUGAUUACGAAAUGUUUUGCAUCUUUUUUUGUAUAGGAGUACUGUAUAUGGUUUUCUAAGGUUUUGUUAUUAGGUUUGUCUAAGCUGCAAAUUAUAGCUGUGCCUUUUGAUAUUUACAUUUC